AUGCCGACACCAAUACUCAGCUUACCUGCCAAAGUUUUCGACAUAAUAACAGAUGACUUAGAUGACAUCGCCCGGCUGGUGUUAGGCCGUACCUGUCGAACGCUGGCCGGAGCACUCCAACUGUACAAGAUUCGCCGGAACCCACUUGCAUUUGUACACGCUGCAAGACUCGGACCACUAUCCGCCACAGAGCUCUUCAAAUGGAGUACGCGCAAGGACGAGGUCAACCAGCCCAAAGACUACGAUUAUACGCGCAAGUAUGACCUCAUGGACCUGGACGCUGAAUACGACUUCAUCGACCCAGACUUUAUGUACGACCACCCUCACCUGGACAAAUAUUUCUGGGCUUCCGCUCCGCUCUCGCCACUAGCUAUCGCAAGCUUCCAUAACAGUACCGAGGGCAUCGAAGUUAUCCUCAGUUGCGGCGCUCAGGUUGAUCUCAACCAUAAGUUCGUGUGCAACCACGAUUUACCCUGGUCCAGUCCGGCGGAACUCGCGGAUGGCAUGCCGUGGCUCAUUGAGUCACGGCCACAAGGGUCGACCUUGAGAGUCGACUCUGCUUGGACCGCACUUGAGAUAGCAGUAUGUGGCGGCUCAGUACAGGCUGUGGAGAUUCUGCUGCCCCACGUCAAGAAGGUGAAGGCGGCACAGUAUAUCCUCGAACGCUCAUUCCUGUCCGCCGUGGCACACCGGCAAUUCUCGAUCAUAGAGGUGUUACUGCAGGAAGUCGAGUUGACGCCUCAACUUGGGCGAGAAGCCUUGUUCUACUGCGUUGUAGGACAUUCUGACGGAGCAGACGAGAUCGCUGAAAUGCUUGUCGACGCAGGUGUCACUAUAGAUGCACAGGCUCCUGCUCCAUGGAAUAUCCUUCACAUCUCAGGGAUAUAUGGCCAAUUUCGUGUGGGAAAGGUGCUGCUUCCCCAUAUUUCGAACCAGCUAGCGAUGGACACUAUCUGUCAUUGGGGUGGUGUGCAUAAUCCGCUUGGUAUCCGCCCCUUGGCAGCAGCAUGUCUGCCGCGGACCUUCAGCAGGUUCUUGAACACCCGACAUCAGGUCGACCUCCUGGAGUACGACGAGGAGACUGACCGUUUGAGUUACAUCAGGGAGCUACACAGGUAUGGGUUUUCUUUGGAUGCGAGCGGAGUCAACGACUUGUCACCGAUGGAGCUGGCUCGGCACGAUGCCUCAGACAGCAUCACGCAGUUUUUACUCCAGCUGGGGGCCUCUGACGAGGACCUAGGGUAUGCUGAGGAGCGACCUAUGCUUCCGUGCGGGCGAUGCCGUCUGACACGGAGGCAGUCUGACUGCGAUCACGGCCAGUGGCCUUCACGCCGACAACCCUCUCGCAUCACGGAUUAUGAGCUGGGCAACAGUCGGCAGCAGAUCUGGUACUUUGUAGAACUGCAAGAAGUCCGCGGCGAGCGAACUCGGAAUGCAUACGUGGCCGAGACCAGCUUGCUUAAGGCGCCUAACUUCGAUCUUUCCUUUCUCCAGCAAUACUGGAAGGAUCAUCGUGUUCCUAUAGGACGGAAAAAGACUAUCGACCCCAAGCAUGCAGUGGCUUUCCAGGGCCAUCUGCAUAUCGACUCCAUGGGUAUGCACAGUCGCAUCAGCCCCAACGGUGUCGAUCGCUUCGGAAACACCAAACAGGUUGGCACAGUGUGA